AGGAGAGUUUUGUAGUCCACACGUUGCGCAGUUGGAUAUUCAGCUUGAAGGUUCCACCAUGUUGAAAAUCCUGCUUCUUGUGACCGUGCUGGUGUACGGAGUAACGGGCCAGGCUCCAGCGGUCCGCUAUGAGGUGAAGAAGGGCGUAGACGUGUGCGUGCUCGCUGAAUUCGGUCUCUUGCUGUCCGUACGGUACCCGAAAGUCGACAACACCACAGGAUCUUCCCCUCUUAUGUUCCGAGGCGGUUCCAACAUGGUGGUGACUGGUACCUGCGCUGAACACGGCCGCAACAUCGCAUUAAUGGACAUCAACGAUAACCACGAACUGGGCAUGAAACUCACCUUUACGAGGAACGAAACUCUGCCCCACCGCAUCUAUUUCCUCUCCCAGUUCGAAGUCUGGUACGUGUACACCCAGAACCGCUUCCCCAACGCUCGGGCCGAUCUGUACGGCACGCAAGGGUCAGAGUCGGUGUCCAAUAUUGAGUGGUUCCAAGCUCCGGAGGAAUACUCGUACCUCUGUAGAUCGGAGCAAAGGAGAACCCUUGUAAAAGACGUGGACAUCGUGAUUACUGAUGUACACAUCCAGCCUUUCGAGGUGAAACACAACGACUUCUCCGACCCGAUGGAGUGCGCGAUGGACAGCACUCCGGUCCCACCUACUACUCGCCCGCCCGCUACCCUGAAGCCGGUACCGCCCCCCGGUCACUUCAACCUCACCGACAAGGCAACCGGAGACGCUUGCGUUCUGCUCCAGGUUGGAGCUCAGUUCUCCAUCGACUACGAGACGGAAUCCAAGGGUACACAACGGGCAACGUUCUACCUGCCUUCUGAUGCCACUCCGACGGGGACUUGCGGUCAGAACAGCACCGAAAUCUCGCUGGCGUUCGCAGAAAACUGUAGCAUCGGCGCAACAUUCGACGUAAAAGACGGAACGUUCACUGUAGCCCAACUAAAAAUGAUGUAUGUUGAGAGGCCGCCAUUGUUUCCCGGUGCCAACGUCACCAACGAAACUCGUUCUGUCACAUACAAUCUAAUGGAAGGACCGCUCGCUGACCUAGGAAAAUCGUUCCGAUGCAACAGCGAACAAGCUUUCCCCUUUUCCUCUGCCGCCAACCUCACCAUCUACGACUUGAAAAUCCAACCGUUUCAAGUUGUGAACGACACUUUUGGGGAGGAGACGGUUUGUGAGUUUGACGUUACAACAACUCCUGGGCCAACCACAACUCCUGAGCCAACCACAACCCCUCAAGAGACUACAACACCAGAACCCAGUACAACCCCCGGACCAACGACUACCGCUGAGCCAACUACCCCAGGUAACACCACCACACCCAAUGUUACAACCACGCCGCUUCCAGAAAACAGCACUACAACGCCUUACACACCAACCCCGCCUCCCGCUGAAGGCAAGUGGCAUGUUACCGGCGGAGACGGCAAACCAUGCCUUCUGGCAGACUCAGAAAUACAACUCCAGCUCAAGUACAACGUCUCAAAGCAGGAAACCAAGACAGCGACCUUCUUUGUCCCAACCAACGCAACCGCGUCUGGGUCGUGCGAAGAAAUGUCGUCGUCGCUACAACUCGAGUUCCAACCCGGCAACUUUUCACUCCAACUCGGCUUCGCGAAGACCCAACCACCGCCAAACAACUCGAAAUUCGUCCUGAAGUCUCUCAGACUCAGAUACCAAGAGGAUCCCUCCAUCUUCGACGGCACCAUCACCCCCGACAAGACCGUGGACUUGGAAAAAGGCUUUCUGAACUUGUUCGAGACAGAAGUUGGCAAGUCGUACCGAUGCGAAUCGAAGGUAGAGGUCAAAAUCAACAAGUCAGCAGAAAUUCUGUUCCGAUUCACCAAGAUUCAACCGUUUGGAGUGGAGGGUGGUAAGUUUGGGGAGGAGUCAGUGUGUUCUGAGGAUGUUCCCACUAUUCCACCUGCAACUUCCAAGCCCGCACCGACUAGCCAGCCCCAGCAUGGCGGGAACGGAGGCGCCAUCGCCGCCGGAAUCCUGGUGCCUCUCGUCGUUAUCAUCAUCGGGAUAGCUGGGUUCAUGUACUACCGCAGAAGGCGAGGACUUGGGGCUGCCCCUUACAAGAGUUUGUAGUGAUCUUAUCUAAGGAAAAAACAAUCAACCAUUGUUAUCAAGGUAAACAAUAUCUGCUGAAAUUGUAAGGUUAAAAUAAGAAUCGUGUAUCUUUGAUAUUCUAUGAAAUAUCUAAUUUGACGUUUUCGGUAUAGUCAUCUAUAAUGAAUUAAAACAUGAAUUUUGCCAGAAUAUUCAUCUCAAUUAAUGUGAAUAUGAGCAAAUGUCUUUGUGUAACUUGGAUUCGGAAUGCCUUAAAAACUUGGAUUAUCGAUUGGAUUCCAAAUGCCUUUAAAAUCAUCUUAAAAGGGCUGGAAAUAUGAAUAUCAACUUGACUAAGUCACCUAUUACUUGGUCAUACUCAAAGUAUAGUUCCUAAAAAGGAAGAAAAAAUAGUUCCUUAGUUCGACACACUCUGGCAUAUGGAUUCAAACAGCAACAUAGGCACUUAGUUUGUUGAAUGGUGGAAGUAAAACUCCCUGGCAACUCCUGAAAUAUGUACGCAACAUGGAAUAUGUACAUAGUACUUAAAUAAGUUGUAAAGAAUCUGAAUUAAAUCUGUCAGUACAUGGUAUAUGAUUGUGUGAUCGUGUGU